UUCUUGACGCAACUUCUCUGUUAUGACAGAGACCUAUGAGACAAGAGAAAAUGAUUCCUUUUCGGAUGGGAUGCUGUAUGGAAAUUAUUCCAGAGACUAUUUUGGAGGCUAUCCUCUAAAUUAUUCCACAAACUUUUCCAUAUUCUCAUCCAUUAUCGAUUCCAUAGCAGUGUUUGCAGAUCCAAUCAUUAUCCAUAUUCUUGAAGACCAGCCAUGUAACAGCACUGAUCUGAAUGCAGUGGGUUGCAACAAGACUACACAGCACACAUACAACAUCUCUGACGAGUCUGUUGACUUCCUCAAAGGCCUGCUGGUCACACGCGUCAUGCCCUCAUUCUACAUCAUCAUCAUCCUCAUUAGUUUGCCCCUGAACACUUUGGCCUUCGUAGCGUUCACCUGUAGGAUUCGAGAGAAGAAACCAGCUGUGAUCUACAUGUCUCACCUGGCGUGUGUGGACCUGCUCUUCACCCUGCUGCUGCCUCUGAAGAUCCACUACCAGCUGAACGCUUCAGAUUGGGUGUUCGGUGAGGCGGUGUGUUGUGUGCUCAGUGCAGCUUACUACUGCUACAUGUACUGCUCCAUACUGCUGAUGAUGAGCAUGAGUGUGGACAGGCUGCUGGCUGUAGUGUUUCCCAUCGCCUCUCUGACCUGGAGGAGCACAAGGAAAGCCACAUGUGUGUGUGUGCUGGUCUGGCUGCUGGCGCUCGCUGGUACAGUGCCACUUCUCUCCAUAACACAAACAUUCAAGAUAAAGGAUGUGGGCAUCACCUGCCAUGAUGCAUUGAUCCACAAUGACCAUACAGAUCAGCAGUACAUGUACCAGUUCUCCAUCCUCUCCUGUGUCUACUACUUUGUGCCACUUAUUGUCACCUUAGUGAGCUACUCCACCAUCAUAUUUGUGCUCCGAAUCAAGUCUAAUCAAUUUGCGACAUCAUCAUCGCUAUCAGAAAAGCGAAGUAGAGCUGCGAUUAUGGCUAUUGCUGUGCUGAUGGUGUUUGUGGUGUGCUUCGCACCAACCAAUGGCAUCCUGUUGUACCACUGUUUUCUUUUAGCUACUGGAUUCAACAGCGGUGAGGGAGAUUUAUCAUAUGCAGCUUACCUGUUGGCUGUGUGUUUGGGGAGCGCAAGUGUUUUUCUGGACCCUCUUCUGUACUAUUACGGCUCGUCUCAAUGCAGACAGAAGAUCAGCUCUGUGUUUUGGUGGAGAUGGGGAAAAAGCACCUUAUCAAAUUCAAACAGUCAGACAAAAUCCUCUUAUGUAAGUUGUGAGUACAGUCAGGCACGCAUUAAGAUGUGAAUUGUUUCGAAAAAGAGCUGAUGAAAUUUUCUGAUAUUGUGCUAUUGACAGAAGAUUGAAUUCAAAGUCUGGCCACAAAUCCUGAUUCAUGCUAAAGCAGGAUAUAUAUCCCUUCCAUGCUGUUAUUUUAAAAAAUCCAGCAUGUUACUAGGUCAAAUUGACCCAACCUAUUCACUGCUCAAGAGACUCCAUUUCCUGUUUGUGACUGAGCAUGUGUAAGAAACACAGUGUUACUGAAAGCAUUUUACAUCGCCAUGUUCAGAUCACAUUUCUAGAGAAUGUCAUGCAAUUUCAGGCUGAAAAAUUGAAAGUUAAGUGGCAGUAAAUCUGUCUAAAAGAGGACAGAAUAUUGUAUAGAAGAAACUUAAAACAUUCUAUUUUUGAAACAUUUACUUGAUACACUUUCAUUCAAUUUUGAUUGCAAGACAAUUACAAAAUUACACAAAUAUUUGUACAAAACAGAUAAUAAAACAGAUCAUGUUGUUAUCUUUAUAUUUUCUGAAAUAUUAA